AUGACGAUCUCAGCAUUCCGAACCGCUGUGACUCACCAGCACGGCACAGGGUCUAGUUCUGCUGCUACUAGCAGCACCAGCAGCAGCACUGGGCUCUUGGAUCUACCCCUCGACACCAUCUGUACCAUUCUCCACCGCUUGAAACCCCGGGAUCUCAUCGCCGCCUCGCUGACGUGUCGCACCCUACACGGGCUCAUCGACCAGCCCAACACGUGGCUGACUCUCUGCCGGAAGUGGGAGGGCCAGCUGGCGCUCAGCGAGUGGGUCGUGCACGCGAACUCGGCGAAUUGUCUGUUUCGCCUGUUACACACCUUGAGUCCCCUGGUGGGGGUGUGGGCGGCGGAGGAUCUGGCUCCCCGGGGCGGGCUGCUAUACGUCACAUGGGAGCGCAUGGCUGUUGUCGCUUAUCGAAUCAUCCCCGAUUGGCUUGACGGCAAUCUCAUCUCCGCGCGCCUCUUCACCAUCUCCGCCUUCCCCGACGGCACGACGCAGCUCAGCCUGGUCACGGGGAGGGGCGCGGACGACGAGUUUCCGCUCGAGCUGCCCGGCGUGCUCGUCUGGGAGUCCCCCGCGCGCGCCAAAUUCCACCUGCAGACGCUCCUCCCGCCCUCGUCCCGCUCCCCCGCUAUCUUCGCCGCGUCGCCCUUCGCCAAGGUUGAUGGUAACCGGGUGUCGCCACCGGCGGUGCCCCUGAAGAGGGUCGUCGCGGGGCCGUCGUCUGCGUCGUCGCUGUCGUCGCUGGGCGCUGCGGAGAGGCUCAAGGCGACGUUUCAGCGAGCUGGCCUGGCCCGAUUUGCCGCUACAGCCGGUCCUCUCUCGGCCGUGCUCCCGACUGCUUCAGCUUCCGCUGCUACAGCCGUGCUUCCUUCCGCUGCUCGCGCAGCCGUGCCUUCUUUACCGCCGCGCCCUCCCCCGAGCCGAUCUGCAGGGAGCAGUGGCACCGUGUCAACCGUGCAGCAGCAGCAGCAGCUUGAAACGAGCCGCGCUACAGCGUCGAGUGGAGCGAGGCGGCUUCAGCAACGAUUCAGCCAAUCGGGGCUCAGCAUCGGCGGCGCUAACCUCCUCAAAGGGGGAGCCGUUAGUCCCACGGGGAAGGAGGAAGAAAGCUCGAAGCGCCUUCAGCUUCGCGCUCUGCAAUAUUUGACUGGGUUGAAACAAGAUUCCGGAAGCUCUCCGUCGAAGGCUGCCGCGGCGACUCCAUCCAAGCGUACUAGAUCCGAGUGUGACAAUAACGAGGCCUCGCCUGACGAAUCUAGAAGGUUACGGUCACGGGUGGAAGCGACAAGAGACACACGCGGCGGCAAUGAUGACGUCGCGGUUACCAGCGGGGCUGCGGCGCUUUCUCCCCCGCAAGUGGCUUUUUCUGCUUCCCGCGGUACUUCCGCGGGGGCUUCUGCCACGGCUUCCGCCGCGGGGAGUUCCGCCUCUGCUGUGCCUUCCGCCAGCAGCGCGGAGUGGUCGCUGAAGCGGCGAGCAAUUGGCGCGCUUCAUUACGCGGACGAGUCACACUGCCUUGGCGCACGUAUGGGGGCUGGCGGAGGGGCGUUCGCGGGAUUCGGCGGAAGCUCCUGCGGAAAGGGUGGGAAUGUGUUCGGGCAGCAAAAAGGGAGUCAGCAACCGUCGGAAUGGUCCGACGGGCAGACUAAAAGGGUACCUGUGCCGAAGUCCACCUAUCAUCGCGUGCCUGUUGCGGGAGAGAUUCAAACGAGCGAAUCAGCGUCAAGAGGAGGAGACAGGGACACCUCGGGAACGGAUUCAUCCAGAUCUCGUUUGCCCGCGUGGGUGCGAGAUCUCGAGGGCCUCUGGACGGGCGUGUUCGGGCAGCAUGGGGUGGAAAUUCUCAACGUUGCGGUUGAGAACGGUGAAAUUGUUGCUACGAAAAUCGUUGGAGAUCCCAAUGUGCCCGGAGGGCAUGUUUCGUUCAAGGCUCGGAUCGACUCGGUGCAAACUGCUGCUGACGAGAGUGAGCGGUGGAAUGAAGUGGUGGGCCAGGCGAGAAGAUUGAUCCAGGCGCAAGGCCAAGCGGCGGAUCCUGCUCUGGGACAACAGCUUCAGUUCUCAAACUUAUUGGAAGGGGAAGGGAGAAUAGCAGACUACAACUUCAAGAACCCUCAGUGGGUGAAUGGAACUUUGCUGGUUGACUCAGCUGGUCGGAUCUCUUUUCUGUGGGAGGAGUUGAACUUCCUUGUGCAAAUGAAAAGGCUACAUGUGGAGGAGCUUCUAUUUAAUUCAUGA